GCCACCGGAACAAUAACACGUUAAACCAGCUUGUUUUCAGGAAAUAUUGAAAUUGGAUGGAUAUACUUUGACAAUAAAUAAUUGUGGAAUCCUUGACAAUUAUACAACUUUGCUCUCUUUUAUUUGCCAGUCAAACGCAUAAACCCCAACCACUUCCACAGUUAUUACUCUUAAAACUAGGUUUUAAACCUAGACCGAAGCACAUUGCUUUUACUUUAUCUGCAAUAACUCCAACAUCUGCUAUAACUCUAAUUUCAAAUUCAUGCAUUUUUACAAUAGAGCCAAUUUUGACUGUACUACUUGCCCAUCCUGUGUAGACCCUGCAACAGGCCAAAGCACUCCCUCACCUUCAGUCCAGUCGCCAAGGCAGGUUAAUAUGUACCUGACAACAGAACCUGUCAUCACUUGGACUUCAAUUGACUUUUCCCCCAAUUUAAACCCCCUAAGCAAACCAGUGUCACCAUUUCACUAUUAAGGAUGGUCAAGGUCAUUCACAUGAAUUCUGCAUUGUAACCUUACCCAGACACAGGCACACAUCAGGAUAUUACCUCGGCUGACAGCUGACAUAUCAUUACUUGCAGGAAACAUACAAUUAAGUCAGGGAUUGAUUUCCUGGAGGUCAUUUGUAAAGAGAGGGAGAAAGAUGAACCCGGGUAUGAGGGAGAGACUGUUUAUGACCCGUUCUCCGAGUCCAGUGUCUCUGUAUUGUAAAAACAUUUUAUCGUCGCAAUGCGUUUGCGGCUCAGAUUUUGUUAUAUUUACACAGCCUUUAUGCACGGUGUAUGUACUGAGGUAUGUACUGAGGUAUGUACUGAGGUAUGUACUGGGGUAAAAAUACCUCAGAUUAAUUUUUUUAUUGCUUAGUGCAUGUUCCGCUUUUUGACUGUGACUAGGGGUAAAAGUUAUGUUAGUUGUCCUCAUUUCAAAGUAACAUUAACAUGCUAAGGUCAUGAAAUUUACAGAAAAAUGUCCUGUUCACCAAUUGGCAACAAGUAAAGAAUUGCUGAAAAUUUGCUGAAAAUUAUAUAUUUUUUCUCAUGUGGCAAAGUGAAUAAUAACUGGUGGAAAUUAAUGUCCACAAAAAAUGGGGGCCCUAAAAUACCACCCCCCCCAACCGAUCUAGACUAUGGUCCGAAAUAGGUUUAGGGCGGGCUCUGUUUUCGCUGAUAAGUACGGUCCAGCCACAGGUAGAGAACAUUUCGUAGUUAAAUAUGGAUCUGACACUUGCUUCAACCGUGUAGCUAGCCUACUGUAUACCGCUAUAUGUAUUUCGGAUUGUGUAUUCCAAUUUUUUCUUCUUUUUGAUUUCCCUCACCGUAUGCAGACGGAUUUGUCCCACUUCAUUCAUCCAAAAAGUGCACAUUGGACAGCGACCACAGCGCUCCGGUCUCAUUGCGGAAAAAGACAUACCAGGGAUCGAACAAAAUGUCAUGUCCAGAUAAUACAUCUCAAAGGAAUGAGGUCCUUAAUAACAUACGGAGAUCCUCGAUGGCCGCGGGACUUGGAAAAAAGACAGAGUUAGAGAAGUCCCAAGGCGUUACGGUCUCACAAUAUGAGCUUGGGACUAUUAUUUCCAACAACAGGUUACGAUGUGACUCCGAGGGUAUCACCAUUCACGCAAUGGUCACUCGACCGUCAGUGUCUCACAUGCCCGGGGUCAAUUUGAACCCCCGGAUGUCCGUAUACAGCACUGCUCCUCGACUUCUUUCCCGUGCGCAUAUUCAAGGACGCGUUUAUAACUUUCUGGAAAGACCUUCUGGGUGGAAGUGCUUUGUGUACCACUUCUGUGUGUUCCUGAUUGUUCUGGCUUGUCUGAUCCUCAGUGUCCUCUCUACUAUUGACCAGUACCAGGCUCUGGCACAUGAAACUCUCUUCUGGGUGGAAAUAGUGCUUGUGGUGUUUUUUGGUGUGGAGUAUGUAGUGCGUCUGUGGUCGGCUGGGUGCCGUAGUAAAUAUGUUGGCUUCGUGGGCCGGCUGCGAUUUGCCAGGAAGCCGAUCUCCGUCAUUGAUCUGAUUGUGGUGGUGGCCUCCGUUGUGGUGCUGGUAGUGGGCUCCAAUGGCCAGGUGUUUGCCACAUCUGCAGUCAGGGGCAUCCGCUUCCUGCAGAUACUUCGUAUGCUUCACGUGGACCGACAGGGAGGAACAUGGCGCCUGCUAGGUUCCGUGGUCUUCAUUCACAGACAGGAGCUCAUCACCACGCUGUACAUCGGUUUCCUGGGCCUGAUCUUCUCUUCGUACUUUGUUUAUCUGGCGGAGAAGGACGCCGUGGACGGGAACGGAGUCACCGAGUUUGGCAGCUACGCCGACGCGUUGUGGUGGGGUGUGGUCACCGUCACAACUAUAGGCUAUGGCGACAAGGUCCCUCAGACGUGGAUUGGUAAGACCAUCGCGUCCUGUUUCUCAGUCUUCGCCAUCUCCUUCUUCGCCCUGCCAGCUGGGAUCCUGGGUUCAGGCUUUGCUCUGAAGGUCCAGCAGAAACAGAGGCAGAAGCACUUCAAUAGACAAAUCCCUGCCGCUGCCAUUCUCAUCCAGACUUCGUGGCGGUGCUUCGCUGUGGACAACCCUGACUCUGCCACCUUCAAGAUGUUUGUCAGGAGGAAACCCGCCCUGCCCAGCUCCUCCGUGUCCAGUCCCAAACCCAAGAAGACGACGAAGAACAGCGAGAAGAACAGCGAGAAGAACGACGGGCCUGGUUCUCCUACACUUCCCAGUUUCAGCUACGACUCUGUUUUUGACAGUCGGAGGGAUCUGAGCUCUGAUGUAUACAGCACAAUCUGCACAGGUAGGAGGUGUGAACUCAUACAGUCCUGGACGUCGCUCACCUCCCUCACAUUCAGCUCCCCACUCCAAGUGAAAAAGAGCCCUGGUCUGUUGGAGGUGCAGUGCCCCAGUCCCCUCCCCAGGAACAACAGCUUUGGGGAUGACCUGGACCAGGAGGACCAGAGCGUGCUGACCCCCGCCACUCACGUGUCGCAGCUCCAGGCGACCCACCGAGCCGCCAUUCAGGUGAUUCUGCGGAUGCGUUUCUUUGUCUCCAAGAAGAGAUUCCAGCAAGCGCGUAAGCCCUAUGACGUGCGAGAUGUGAUCGAGCAGUACUCCCAAGGACAUCUGAAUCUGAUGGUGCGCAUCAAGGAGUUACAAAGAAGACUUGACCAGUCCUUGGGGAAGCUGACCCUGUUCCAGACGAGCUCCGACAAAGCCAAGGACAAAGGCACCAACACCAUCGGUUCCCGGCUCAACAGGAUGGAGGAAAAGAUACAACACAUGGACCACACACUCGACAGAAUUGCCGAGUCCCUAACCCACCUGGUGGACCAGGGUCUGGGCGAGGCGGGGGCAGCACACGGCCCAGGUAGGAGGAAGUCCCAGGGCAGGGCGGUGGUCCCCGGCCAGGACAGCCUGCCCACCCUCCAUCAACCCCUCAACCCAGGCCCGAGUCUGGACGGGAGUCCCUGAAUCCGGGAAACGCCAAAGCCUGCAUCACCCUCUGCCCCUCCUCCGUCCGUCCGUCACUCCUUCUCUCCUUCUCUCCUUCUCUCCUCUGUCACUCAUACUCUACACCAUUGCUCUUUCUCUCCUCCAUCAGCCUUUCUCCUGUUCUGAGACCAGUGUUUAGGUCCUCUGUGCCUGGGGACACAGCAGAUGCGCAGUCCUUUCUACUUGCGCAGUGCUGACCGGUCAGAUUAAUAGUCAGUACCCAGAGAGCGGUCGGGUCUGGACCAGUGUUGUGGAAUUCUCAGGUCGCUACAGAAUUCAUCUGUCCCUCCCACUGGUCCUGACUUACAGCCCGUUUGACAUUUUAGUCACUGAGAAGAAGUUCCUAUGCAGAGUGAUUUACAGUAAGUGUGUUCGUCUCAAGAUGGGAAGGAGCAGCGUUACAUUGAAGAACUUGGCAAGGAUGAACACCGGACGGGUUGCCGGUGUCUGAUGACGUUUCAUCCUUCAGAAUGUGUUAUUUAUUCGUGUAAAAGUUUUCACCCUGAUUUUCCACCAUUCCCCAAGAUGUCAUGAUUUCCCACUGGACCUAGGACUGUGUCUAGUCACACCAACUGUUAACCGGCUCGGGAGCUUUGAAGACGAGUGCCAAGCCAUUUAGCUUUUUUUCCUCUGUACUGCAGGAAGUCAGUCAGAUUGGUGCAUCUGAGGACACACUAACUUCACUGAUGACCUCAGAUAGCUUUUGCAGAUGCCCAAAACGCACCUAAUCCAGUCAUUAUAGCACACUGAGACAAGGAAAUCCCUGUGCUACAUUAUGGUGCAGUAGACCUGAAAUGCCAAAGUACGUUCUAACAACCCAUGGGUAAACUGUAAAAAGCUGAAUCCUUACUCCUCACCACGCAAAAUACUCCUACAUACUGAUUUCCAAUUUAGUGGAGAUUUUGGGUUUUAAGAAGGAGCAGAGGUAAGAGGAUGUGAAGAGCCAGGGAAAAGCAUUUUAGGUUUUCCCUGGGACUUGACGUUAAGUGCUUUAAUUGAGUCAUUGAACCAAAUGCACUCUGUAUUCUUCCAGAGGGAGCAAGAAGCAUUCAGGACAGCAUUGCCCCAGAAAAGAACAGUGCAUUCCAGGACAAACCAGAUAGACAUAAAAGCCCUGCUAAUACCCAAAACUGACGGGUGCCUUGUAUUGUUCCACAUUCUGACUGUGCCCUCAUUUUGUGGAAACGAUCUUAAGGUGGAUUCUGAACAGAUUUUCCAGCAGAUCUUGUUAGCGUAGAUGGACGAAACCGGGUCAACAUCAGGACAAUGAGCGUGUGUCAGCAGCAGCUCCAAACAAUGCCGACAGUCCAUCCACAACAGAGAACCGACCAGACUGACGUCUGUCUUCCGAGAGUACCUAAAGCCUCUGAACAGGAUUGUCAGUGGCUUUGUUUUCAGAUAGAACAUAUCAUGUUUCUAUUGUCAGCAUUGUUCAAAUACAGUGUUGCUGGUAAGCAGCUAAUGUUAGCUAGCUAACUAAUUGCUUUAUAUAUAUAUAUACAUGUUGUUGGCCGUCCUUUCAUUUAAUGCAAUCUGAUUGGCUUAAAAUCUACUGAGCAGGACAGGAACGUCUACAUGUUAAAUCAACUAGAAUAUUUGCUACUAGGUCAGGUUACUGGCAGGUGUUGCCAAAUCACAACACACUAGCUAUUGGACGCCAAACAGACAUCCGGACCAAUUUUUUUUCUGGCUAUUUAUUUAGCUCUUUUUAUAUCCUGGAUAU